GUAGUAAAUCUCGAAUGGAACAUCUUAAAAUCUAGCAUCACUUUGAGUUGUAUCAUGUUUAGUUUCCUUAAUGUAUGUAAAUUUCGUAAUGAACUGAGAAAUUUUAAAAUGGAAUUAUUUCAGUGCGCCAUCGAUAAUAAUGAGCAAAUUUUACGGCUAUUGCUGAGGCACGGUGCUGACGUGAAUGCUCAGGAUACCGAACAGUGGACACCUUUGCAUGCGGCCGCUUGUUGUGCGCAUAUCGAUGUGGUUCGAUUGCUCAUUGAUAAUGGAGCAGAUUUGCUGGCUGUGAACGCAGAUGGAAAUAUGCCGUAUGAUAUUUGUGACGAUGAGGCGACAUUGGACGUUAUCGAAACCGAGAUGGCAUCUCGAGGCAUUACACAGGCUUUUAUUGAUGAACAACGAGGAGCAGCCGAGAAGCAGAUGUUGGACGAAAUGAAGUUGUUGAGACAAGAAGGUGAACCGCUCGAUGCACGACAACCUGAUGGAAGCACAUAUUUGCAUGUCGCGGCAGCAAAUGGAUAUUUCGAUGUGGCAGCGUUUCUGCUAAGAUGUGGUGUGUCGCCGUGCGUUCGUGACAAUGAUCUCUGGAUGCCAGUGCAUGCGGCCGCAUGUUGGGCACAACCCGAUUUGAUUGAGUUGUUAUGUGAAUACGGUGGUGAUAUCAGUGCGAAAACGAACAAUGGCGAGACACCUUUAGAUCUCUGUGAAGAUUCUACAACACGAGCCGUGAUUGUGACCAUGCAACAGCAAGAAGCACGAAAGAAACGACAAGCGUUCGGUGUUCGAGACAGUCGAAGGCAGUCCAGAAAACGGAAAAAAUUCGAAUCACCUCAGCAACCAACCGCAAACACGGAUAAUCCAUUCUCGGCUCGAGGUGCCAUCAGACGUCUCUCAUUGCGCGAUCGAUCCGGAAUGACGUUGGCGCGACUGGAGGCACAGAAAGAACAAAAUGAUCUGUUGCGAUCGUGGAGUAAAGAGGACGUUUCAACGAAUGUAGAAAAGAGUUAUGACUUGUAA